UUUAUCUCCACUGUCGGAAGAGAGACAAAAGCUUCGCUUGCGGCCUACUAUUCUUCCUGACUCUCCGUCACCUAUUGACUCCUUACCGCCAAGGAUAAUCUACUAUAGGCACAAUGCAAGCCUUUUAUCCGAAAGUGAAGUCAUGCAAACUAAGGACCCUCAAUCUGAAAUCCCUUCCAGUCAGCCCCCUCAACAGGUCGCUGUGUCAGGCAGCGCUACCGCCACUUCGACCAAUCCAUUCCCAAACGCAACGAAAGCGGACACUAUACAAGCAGAUAUUUCGAAGGUUGACCCCAACCCAUACUUUCCUACAAAAUGAAUCUGGUUUUCUAGAAGUCUACGUAAAAAUUAUGUCCGCUAGUUGGCAAGAUAAAGCCGUAUCUCUUGUGCUGAAAUACUACUGUUGACGCUUAUCGCAUAACUAAGAAAUGUUUUUAUACCACAGAUUAUGAAUAUAUCAUUUUGCACCUCCACUUUAUUUCCAUGCUGGUUGGGAGUAGGCAAACAUAAGAAAACUUCUCCCACACCACGACACUGGGAACGGAGACUUUGUGGUCGAUAACAACCUCCUGAAAGGAGCACCCGAAAGAUGGAACCAGAUGGUCUGUAUUAUCUGAUAGGCCGCCUUACAGAUCCUCGAGGAUAUCGGAUCCCUCUUGAGGUACCCCAGAAAUACCACUCCGUUCCCCUCGAAUGCCGUUCGUGACCGAAUUUCCAAUCCGCUUUCUUCUUAGGAAUGCCCAUAUUCCGCUAUAUGACUUGCCUA